UCGAAUUUUUCAGACCGUUGAAGCCCGUUGGAAAAACCAGAGAAGAUAACCGUUGGAGAGACACAGAGAAAAAGUAGUAACCUCCCCACUCAUUCUCCUUCCUUACUCCUUGGAAUCCAAUCACCGAAACCAAACAAUCCACAUACAACAUCGGAGACUCAAAUGGGCUGUGUUUCUUCCAAACUGUUCAAGAAUGAUCUCAGAGAAGAAGUGAUUAUCACCCACGGCGCCGGCCAGUGCCUCAACCAUGUGGUCUCCCUCACUUCCAGCACUUAUGGCCUUCUCAGUCUGGAUAAAGACCCAGUUGUUGUUUCCGAGAAUUUGAACUUCAAGAAAUUGUCUCCGAAAAAGGAAGAUCCGGAGGUUAUCAAUGCGUGGGAACUGAUGGAGGGGCUGGAGGAGGCGGUGCCGGUGAAGAAGAGUAGUCCUAAGUCAAGGUCUGUUCUUCGGGGGUUCGCGGAUUUUGAUGCGAGGAGUCCGUUGAAGUUGCUGAACCAGUUUGGGUCGCCGAUGAAGGGGAGAAGAGUUGGGGGGAAGGAGAAUAAGGUGGGGAGAGGGUAUAGUCCCAAAGGUGGGGUGAAGUCGAAUAUUGGGGCGGAGGAUUCUUGCAAGAAGGCGCUGAAUCUGAGUCCGGUGGUGAAAGGGUCUCCGAUUUCUGCGAAAAGGAGGAGUUUUGGGAGUGAUUCAUGCAGGAGGAAGAGUUUUAGUCCCCUGUUUGAUCCGGAGCUGGUUGCUGAAUAUGAGAAGGAACUGUCUGAAGAGGAAGAGCAGAUCAAGAGGAUUGUCCUGCCUUCGCCUAAGACACGAAAGAUGAGGUAUUCGAACCGAGAUUCGGAGUCUAUGCUGAAGUUGUUUGAGAAGAAAUGCCCUCCUGCUGGCGAAAAUGCGAUUGUGAUUUACACGACUACAUUGAGGGGGAUUAGGAAGACUUAUGAGGAUUGCAACAAUGUGAGGUCAAUUGUGGAGUCGCACCUUGUUCGUGUGCUCGAAAGGGAUAUAUCGAUGGAUUCGGGGUUUAAGGAGGAGAUAAGGGGGCUAAUGGGGAGCAAAGAUGUUAGAGUGCCGCUUGUGUUUGUAAAGGGGAGGUUGAUUGGUGGAGCUGAUGAGAUUGUGAAGUUGGAAGAGGAAGGGAAGCUUGGGGUUUUGUUCGAUGGGAUUCCGAAAGCGCUUGUUGGGUGCCAAGGUUGUGCUGGAAUGAGGUUUGUGAUGUGCGUGGAGUGCAAUGGAAGCUGCAAGGUUUUGGAUGAGGGGCAGAAGAAGAUGGUCAAAUGCGAUGAGUGCAAUGAGAAUGGUUUGAUUCAUUGCCCACUCUGUUGCUAAAUAUGUGUAAUGAAAUGGACAGAUUGAGUAGUGCUUGCUUGAGCUUUUUUAGGAUGUUUCGGGUAAUCUUUGGUUUCUGAAGGCAGAACAAGGAUUUUGAACUAAGAAUCAGCAUUUCAGCAGGGUGUUUCAGUUUAGGAAAUUAAUGUAGGUUGGUUCUAAAGUUGAUUUUAGGGCCUCUUCUGCAGUAUGCCUGGCAACUUAGAAUUGGUUUCUUUAAUUCGGUAAGACUGAUUUGUGUUCUAUACAUGACAAUGUGGUUGAUGACAAUUGUAUCUUUAUUUAUGCUUCUUUAUAAAUUUUAUU